GGCGCACUGCUCACUGUCAAAUACGGCUGCACUGAACGGAGUGCACUUCACGCGGGAGUCACCUCUGAAAAAAACAUUUAUAAGUCUCCGCUUAAAACGAGGAGUUCAGACGAUUUAGGAGGCUUUACGCACAGUGCGAAAGCUUCUGGUGACUCGUGAUUACUUUCACAGAACAGUUGUGUGAAAAAUCUCUGCUGUUUUUCUGACGGACUUUGUUGACAGCACAAUGUGGGGGAUCCAGAGGACGCGCUAUGCUGACUGUAACGACUCAGAAGCCAGUGAGGAGACGGAUAUUGUUGUGAACAUCGGCGGGGUGAAACAGGUGCUACACGGGGACGUGUUGAAUCGUUACCCAGACACCAGGCUGGCUGAACUGGUGAAGUGUUCACACAGGUCUAACGAAGAAAUAUCGUCUGUGUGUGAUGACUACGACCCUGAAACGGCGGAAUUUUAUUUUGACAGAGACCCCGAAGCCUUUAAGUGCAUCAUUGAGCUUUAUUAUUACGGAGAGAUUCACAUGAAAAGAGGCAUCUGUCCAAUUUGUUUCAUGAAGGAGAUGGAGUUCUGGAAAAUCGACUCUGAUUUUCUGGAUGAAUGUUGUAAAUGCCAGCUGAAUGAGGUGGAGGAUGAACUUGCGGAGAUUGCGGAGAAAGUGAGAACUAUCCUGGUGGACAGAGAGGGAGAUCCGACUGCAGGACGCUGGCAGCGCUUCCAGAUGUGCCUGUGGAGGCUGAUGGAGAAGCCGGAUUCAUCUCUUCCUGCGCAAGUCAUCGCUAUAGUCUCCUUCAUCUUCAUUCUUGUCUCCUCUGUGGUAAUGUGCGUGGGGACUAUCCCCGACCUGCAGGUGGAGGACUCGGAGGGUCACCUCACGGAGCACCCAACACUGGAGGUCAUCGAGACGGUGUGCAUCGGCUGGUUCACCAUCGAAUACCUCUUGCGUCUGAUCUCCGCCCCGAAUAAAGUCAAAUUCGUCCUGGCUUUUAUGAACAUCAUCGACUUCAUGGCCAUCAUGCCCUUCUACGUGGUCCUCAUUCUUAUCUCAUUCGGUGCAGGUGUGAUGGAGCUGGCUAACGUGCAGCAGGCGGUGCAGGCUUUACGCAUUAUGCGCAUUGCGCGCAUUUUCAAGCUGGCACGGCAUUCCUCUGGACUCCAGACCCUCACAUCUGCACUAAAGAGCAGCUUCAAAGAGCUCGGACUGCUCCUCAUGUACAUGGGCGUAGGGGUCUUCCUUUUCUCCGCCCUGGGCUACACGAUGGAGCAAAACCACCCGGAAACCUUAUUCACCAGCAUCCCCCAGUCGUUCUGGUGGGCUGUGAUUACCAUGACCACAGUGGGCUACGGAGACGUCUACCCAAAGACCACUUUAGGGCGCUGUAAUGCGGCCAUCAGCUUCCUGUGCGGGGUGAUCGCUAUAGCGCUACCUAUACACCCCAUCAUCAACAAUUUCGUGCUGUUUUACAACAAGCAACAGGUGCUGGAGACCGCAGCCAAGCAUGAGAUUGAGCUGAUGGCUCUGCGCUCCGACGCAGCCGAGCAGGACGAUUCACCCGGGGCGCAUAAACACAGUUGCGGCGCAGGGGUUUGGGAUAACACCAUGCGCUCCUGUCACAGCGACACAUACAUCCCCUUACUGAAGGAUCCCAGGGGAGGGGCAGGGGUCCAGACUCCUAGCAUGGACAUGAGCUUUGAAAGCACAGCCGAGGCCACCGAACACUUCAUCUGAGAGUCAAGAUGAACAACAACAAAGCAUACAAUUAAUUGUUCAUCCCCAAAUUCGGGUUAAUGACAAUAUAAUGGAGACAUGCUUGUAUAUAGCCCCUUCGGAAUAAUAGGACUGCAGUAGUGCGCUCCAGGGACCUGAACGCAGUUGAGGAAUGGCGCCCAUUAACAGGACAUGUGUGAGAUAUUGACUUUAUGGUCUGUGCCUUUGCGCAGUGACUCCCCACAUUAGAGGGUCUCUGUAUGAACAGCCAAUACACCGAUUGUCCCCCAUGUAGGCUUCUUAUGUAACACCCCCCAUCCCCAAUCCCCACACUCACACUGUAGACUGCACUGUAGCUUAUUCCUCUGUACUGACAUGUGUAUCACGUUGGAUGUUUUUGUUGAUAAUAAAGAAGGCAGCUGCUCCAGA